AAGUGAGUCAAUUUUAGUACGUAAAAGAAAAUAGAAGAAAAAUCAUGGGCUCUAAAGCACUCUUUUUGACUUGCAUAGCCGUAUUCAUGGCUGUUAUGAUCACUACCGAGGUUGCUGCUCGAGAGAUGGUUGAGGAAAACUCCAUACCAUUUGAAGAACAGAAAAUGACUAAGCCAGCUCCAGGAGUAGUGGAAUCCAAGCACCACCGCUGGGGCUGGGGUGGAUAUGGCGGGUACCCAUGGGGAGGUUACGGAGGAUAUGGUGGCGGCUAUGGAGGAUAUCCAUGGGGAGGUUAUGGUGGCGGAUAUGGUCGUGGUUGGGGUUAUGGUGGCGGAUAUGGUGGUGGUUAUGAUGGCGGGUAUCGUGCCAAUGUUCGUGAGGCUAAUGAACCCUAA